AUGCACCGUCCUGCGGCACCGUCGACACUCGAAGUUGCCGAAGACAAUGAGGAAUUGAUUCACCUCACAAAUUCCGACGGAGCCCUUGAGAAACAACAGUUUGUGCAUCGGAACAGGCCUUUUAAAGCCGCAUUGACCUUUUCGCGAAUAUACUCCAUCGCUUUACAUUUUCUCGCCAUCGUAUUGGCAGUGUCGCUGUGGAGUAGAAACAGACACUCAAGUGGCAAUUUGCCCACCCAAGGACGCAGCUGGUCCCCUGUGAAUGGCCUCGUCCAGUAUGAGCUUAGUAGCGAACAUGCCGUCCAUCACGACAAGCACAGCCAGUACUCUGGGCCUCCCACCCAAGACAAUGACGCGGCCUGGGAUGCCCUCAUGCGACCCGUCCACUUUAAUGCGACUCGCGACGAACUUGAGAGAGCGGGCGAAUCGAUGGCAAACCUUGCGGAGCUGGAGGGAGGAGGAUAUCCCGCAAGUCUUGGUGUCUACCACGAACUUCACUGCGUGAGGCAAAUGCGAUUCUAUCUAUACCGGGGGCAUUACUACCCCAACAUUACCGAAGCGCAGCAUGAAUAUCUCCGCGGCCACCUCGGUAUUCCAUCCCCGCCACACUUUGUUUAUGAGCCCGUUCGAGAAUAUUCUGUGCUAAUGUCGUCUUCUCCGAUAGAUCACUGCUUGGAGACUCUGCGAUUGGCUACCAUGUGUCGUGGCAGCACCGACGUAUAUUCGUUUUAUUGGGAUGGUGCCAAAACCGGCAAACCGGCGACGCAAUCCAACGCAAAGUCCAUCUGUGUCAGGUGGAGUUCUAUUGAGAAAUGGGCAUAUUCCCGAAUGCCGACCACCACGCGGCUGGUGGAGGAGAAGCAGUCGAACAGCCGGGUUGGGCAGUCGUGGGAAGAAACACGGCUCUUUUGA